CUCCAGUCUCUGCCCAAGCAGGCACUGCGAUUCCGUGGGGUGUCGCGAUCCACUUACAGCUGAGGCAGGCGUGGAGACAAGCUGGUCUGUGCAGAACUGAGCCCAGCUGGGACUGCCCCCUGGGGUGACCUGGAUUCCUCCGGAGGGUCCCAGCAGCACACACACAGCCAUGCACUGCCCAGCCGCGUUCCUGUUCCUCCUCCUGGCCAGUGGGGCUGAGGCCUUUCGCAUCUGCGCCUUCAACGCCCAGCGGCUGACGCUUGCCAAGGUGGCCAAGGAGCAUGUGAUGGACACCUUAGUUCGGUGCCAGUUCCCCAGGGACACCACCCUGCUCCCGCAGUGGCUGGCACUGAGUGGGGCCAGCCUUCCUGGUGUCCUGCAGAUCCUGGCUCGCUGUGACAUCAUGGUGCUGCAGGAGGUGGUGGAUCCUUCUGGCAGUGCUAUCUCCCUGCUGCUUCGAGAACUCAAGCGAUUCGAUGGCUCUGGGCCCUACGACUUCCUAAGCAGCGCCCAGCUGGGGCGCAGCACAUACAAAGAGAAGUACGUGUAUAUCUACCGGUCCCACAAGACACAGGUCCUGGAUUCCUACACAUACAACGACAAGUAUGACCGCUUUGCCCGGGAGCCCUUUGUGGCCCAGUUCACUUUGCCCAGCAAGGGUAGGAGGGGAAGAAGGGUGGCCCUGCUCUGUGGGUGGGGGAAGGGAGUCUGGCUGGCUCUUCCGGGGGCUUGGUCACCCGCAGGAGGCUGGUCAGAGAACGGCCAGGAGUGGGUGGGAUCCCUCCAUCCCUGGGGCUUCACAGUCCUUCCCAGCCUGGUGCUGGUCCCGCUGCACACCACUCCGAAGGACGUAGAGACGGAGCUGAACGCCCUGUACGACGUGUUUCUGGAUGUCUCCCAGCACUGGCAGAGCAAGGACGUGAUCCUGCUCGGGGACUUCAAUGCUGACUGCGCUUCACUGACCAAAAAGCGCCUGGAUGAGCUGGUGCUGCGGACUCAGGCAGGCUUCCACUGGGCGAUUGCUGAUGGGGAGGACACCACAGUGCGGGCCAGCACCCACUGCACCUAUGACCGCAUCGUGCUGCACGGGGAGCGCUGCCAGAGCCUGCUGCAUGCCGCGGCCGCCUUUGACUUCCCCAGGAGGUUCCAGCUCACCGAGGAGAAAGCUCUCAACAUCAGCGACCACUACCCUGUGGAGGUGGAGCUGAGCCAGGCGGCAUGCAGGGUCCAGCCCCUUGGCCUGCCUGCUCUCUUGCUUCUGUCGCUGCUGCUGCCACUCCUGCCCCCCCAGCUGGACCUAGUGGCCUGAACCGCCCAAUGCCUGCUGUCCACAGAUGUGAUGACUACACUGCCUUCAGGACUCACACCCUGGCUUCCCCUGUCUAUCCUGUCCUGGGGCCAAAGUGACUCCUGAGGGGCUUCAACUGCAGCCCUCCUCCACCAGACUGCAGCCCUGCCCAGCCCUGCCCCACCAGACUGCAGCCCUGCCCAGCCCUGCCCCAUCCGACUGC